UUUUUUAAAUGACUUUAAAUUACAAAAAUGAGAAAACCUUAUAUGUUUUAUUUAAAAAAAAUUAAACGACUUUAAAUUACAAAAAUGAGAAAACCUUAUAUGUUAUAUUAUUCUUAUAUGUUAUAUUUUUUUCUUAUAUAUUAUAUAUUGAAUUUUUUAAAACAAUUUUAAAUUACAAAAAUGUAAGUUUUGCUUAAGUAUAUGACUAAAAACAUUAAAAUGACGUGUAUCUAUUCGAUAGUUGAUCUUAUAAACCUUUCAAAACCAUAUGAAACAUAGAUGUCAAAGUAAUUCAAAUGUGGAAACAAUACUGUUCAUAUUUUUCAAGAAUGUGUUCGGUGAAAAAAAAGUUUCUAUGUCAUAAUUUGUUUAAUAUUCAAUCCGAUCAACCAAUGAUAUAUUAAUUAUAGUUUAGUUCAACAAUUUUUAAUAAAAAUUGAUCCGGUCCAUCGGAAAGAAACUAUAUAAUAAAAACAAAACAUUGUAUAUGUAUAAAUAAAAUGAUCAAAUAUAUAUAUAAAAAUUAUCGAUAAUAUAUACAAAUAAACUUACCAUGCACAAGGCGCAUGUUUUAUCCUAGUUAUAUAAUUAAAAUAACAUAUAUAUAUAUGAAUUUAUAGAAGUUGUGUGCCCCCUAUUUUGACCAUACUCAUUUACUUGGUCAAGCUGAGAUACUAGAACAAUAUAUAUUUUAAGAUGGUACUCAACAUGUGACAUCUAACUCGGUUUCAAAUCUGUGUGCAUGUAUGUAUGAGUUGUAGAUAAGAAGAAAAAAUCAUGGUAAAACUUCAAAGUUUUAAAGUUAGUCUCUUUUACUUUUAAUUUUUUUUAAUAAGGCAUGUGAUUUGUUUUUUUAUAAUCUAUUUAAAGCUACUUACAUCUUCGAAACUACGAAUGAUUCCGCUAUUUGUAAUCAGAAGAAUAAGAUGGAAUCCAACCAAAUAAAACAUAUUUUGGAAAAAUAAUAAGAAUGAAAAAUUUGUUAUGAAAAUUAGAUACAUUAGAGAUGAGAAUAAUAAGCAUACUAUAUAAAAAUGAGAGGGUGUCUUGUAAAAAGAAUAAAAGUGACUUAUCAUCUAUAACCCUAAAGAAGAGAAGAGAACCAAGACCAACCCUCUCUUUUAUAUUCCUUUUAUUUUUCUUUCUUAUGUCUUAUAUUUUCAUCAUUUUUAUCAUUUCACCUUAGACUAAUCUAUCUUAUUCAUCUUUCCUCAACAAUUGUUCGGUUUGAUGUAGGUGGAGAUAGAGAUUGCAUCCAUGGAAAUGUCUAGAGGAAGCAAUAGUUUUGACAAUAAGAAAAUAAGUUGUCAAAGAGGUCACUGGAGACCUAUCGAAGACGAUCAUCUCCGGCAACUCGUGGAACAAUAUGGUCCCAAGAACUGGAAUUUCAUUGCUCAACAUCUCUAUGGAAGAUCAGGGAAAAGCUGUAGAUUGAGAUGGUACAAUCAACUCGAUCCAAACAUCACCAAGAAACCUUUCACAGAGGAAGAAGAAGAGAGACUUCUCCAAGCUCAUCGGUUCCAGGGGAAUCGUUGGGCAUCCAUUGCCCGAUUAUUCCCUGGGCGGACGGAUAACGCUGUCAAGAACCAUUUCCAUGUCAUCAUAGCUAGACGCAAACGUGAAAGCUCUUCUUCCACGGCCACUUCUACGUUCAACCAAAGUUGGCAUAAUAUUUUUAGCCAUAGUUCUAGUCUUACAAGGCUAGAUAGAUCCCAGUUUGGGUUAUGGACGUAUCAAAAGGACAAGAGUCGCGGUCUCUGGCCUUACACUUUUGUUCCUGCACCUAAAGAUGGUCAGUUUGGAUCAUCAUCUAUCUCAAAUUUACACAAAGACAUUUAUCCUGAGAGAAUAAAGUCUAAAGAGUUGGUGGAUCAUCACAAUUACGAAUUUCAGGCAGCUACACCAGAUCAUAAGAAAAACUCAAUAAGUGAAGAUGGACCAUCCAUGGGAGAUAAUGGUGGGAAGAAAAAUGUUACUUUCAUUGAUUUUCUUGGAGUUGGAUUACUUUCUUAGGAUAUAAUGUCACAACUCAGUGAUCUUAAGGGUAUCUAUCGUUAGGGUUAGGUAUCAUUUUCAGCCUUUUGCUUCCUUAAAAUCUCAUAUGAAAAUCAGUUACAACUCUCGCUUUCCAUCCAUCCAUAUAUACAUAAACAUAUCAUUAUUAGGUGUCUCUUUAUAUAUGUAUAUCGCAUGCACUUGAAUUGGUAUAUUACACAUACAUGUAUCGUUACUUCGUUAGUAUAAUGCACGGUUUGAUGUUUCGUACUGAUUCAUGUAAUAAAUCUGUUUUUGCAUAUUAUAGGGCGUAUUUAUACACAAAGAUAUAUGCAAGUCUACUAAUUUUAUAUAUUACCAAAUUGCUAAUUAUUGUAUUAGAACUUGUAAAGCUUGAAAUUUGUGUAUCUAAAUGGGAGCUUGUAUUAGAAAGCAUGUUUUAUAUGAUAUUUAUAAUGCGUUAGUUACAUUAAGAUCGUCACUAGCUACGUACACACAUAUUUGCAUGGUUCUGGAGAAAUGGAUUAAUCGUUUUCUUCUAGCUGGCUUUACGGACCUGCUUAAAACCAAUUUCUUAAUCUAUCAUAUAUAGUUUUUGCGACUGUGGGAAACAAUAUAUAAUUUGCAAAAAGCAUAAUAUUAAAACUACACAAGUUAUAUGAAUUCCAAGUUAUAUAAUCUUUUAAAGCUAGACACUUUAGUCAUCUACAAACAAAAAUCUCACAAAACUAUACUUUGUUACUAUGUUACCCAAACCAAACCAUGUAAAACUUUUUUUUAAAUUAUGAUUGAAUUAUCUUUCUUCAUAUCAUUAGACACGACACACACAGCGAGACAAGAAAAAAAAACAUAUUUAUUUUUCGUCCAUUCGUAGCUUAAGCUUUGCACACCAUAUUUUUAUUGUUUCAGUAUUUUAAAAUGAAAAUAUAUACACUAAAAAACGUAAGCAGUGCAAUAUUACGUUUGUUUUAUAUGCGUCUAUUUUUUUAUUUAGAUAUCAUUUUUUCCUCGUCAGAUAUUUGUACUUGCAAACUAUAAAUCUAAGUUUUUUAUUUGUUUCAUUUUUCAUAUAUUUCUAGAUAAUAUCCAAAUAGCUGGACUAGUUUUAUCUAGAGCCCACAAAACAAAAAGAGCCUCUACAAACUGAGCUGGGCCAAUUUGGACUCACCCUUAAAAGUUUAAACACGUUUUUUUUUUUUACAUUAUAAUAUUAAUGAUAAAUAAAGUAAUAACGAAUGAAAUAAUGCGACAUAAAUAUCUAAUUCUCAUGAAAAAAGUUCUUCUCUCCUUUUCCUCUGUUCUCUCUUUAGAAACUUUUACAGAGGAGAAGUUGAAGAGAAGAAACCUUACACCGGUGUCUUUCCGGCGACUCUCUGCCCGUGGUUGGGCUACCCUUCCGGCGUCGCACCUUCUUCUUCGGUGGUCGGCCGGCCUUUGGCUCUGACGACGCACUAGCAACUCCGGUGUUAUCGUCAGCUUUUGGCACCGCGUCACACGUUCCUUUCGUUGUUGACGGCGGCUCUCUUACGGGUUCUUCCCGGAUUAUGUUUACUCUCCUCUUCUUCGUGCUUCUUCUGAUUCAAUCAACUUCCGGCUUCGAUUGAAUCGACUACGGCGAUGUUGAUUGGAUUUCUUUGUUUUGAAGCGGAGAGACUAUGGCGUUGUAUAAAGUUGCGUUCUCAUAUACGGUUCUCGUCAUCAGCGGUGGUUAUCUUCGAACGGGUUCCUGUUCCGGUGUGCUUCCGGUGGAACAUCCGACUAGAUCCUCCGGCGGUGACGCUCCAGUCGAUGAAGUUCGGUGGAUGAAGUUAAGGCCAGAUCUUUGAUAAAGUUGGUUUUAGUUAAAUCAUACGUUUUUAAUCGGCUAAUGGAUUGUCUCGGCGAUUCACUCGGUCGCGGUGAGUUAUGCUGGUAGUUGCUCUGCUCCGAUGAGAUUGGUCUCCGGUGGUACAGAGUUCCGGCUUGAAGCUCCGUUGCAGCGGAGGUUGGAAGCGGGUUCCUCGGUUGACGCGUGUCUCCUUCUUUCUCUGGUUCGAGCACGUGGGCUCAACAAAUGACGUUUCCUCCUCCAGAGUGCAAUCUUAGUUAGUUGGGCCUUGUUAGGUUUUGUAAUUUUAUUUGUAGCCCAUCUCUUUGGGCCUAGUCUUAAGUGUUUAACCUUUUUUGGCUUUUUGUAUCAUAUGAACUUGUUAUAAUAAUAAGGGAAAAUUGUUUUUUUAGAGCAAAAAAAUGAUAACUAUGUCCCUUUAGACUAA